AUGUCAAGCAAGGCCCUGCGGGGCUCCUGGGCACAGAGGUCUUUUUGUACCCCAUUUCUUAGAGUCAGAACUCCAGUAUCCACGACCUCUGAGUUCCAAAGAGCAGAACAGUUGUUAAUCAAGGGAGGAACAAUCAGGAAACUACCUGAGGCAAGAUUAAAGGGACCAGAGAGGCUCAAGGUUAGGAGCCCCAACCGCCUAAGACCUUGCAUACAACCUCACCCUUUUGCAGAAGAAAGAAGGCAAGACUAUUACUGCCUAGAUCCUUAUCACACACCCUUGCCUGACUAUGUAACCUCCGCCUACUCACCCCUGAGUGGGGCAGGUUUCUUGAGACCCCGCUGUUUCUUUGUGGCCAGCCACUCUCUUUCUCCUCCAUAA